GAUGACACCUGAAUGAAGAAGCAGAGAACUAGUCUGACCAAACAGACGCAGGAAGAGUUAAAGUGAAAGAGAGGGGGAGUUAAAAAAAAAGGAAAGAAAAAAAGACAGAGAGAAAACAUUCAGGCGGUACCACCAGAGCAGCUCCGGGUGCUAAGUCCACUCACUGACUGCACUUGACUGAUAGUCGUCAACGGCAUUUGACAUGAUAAAGUUGGUCUUCGACGAAGAGGCGACUUGUUGUUAUUGUUAGCUGCUGUGGCGACAGCUCCACGUCCCAGUUUGGAGGCAGGCUGUGGCGGGACAGACCCACACAUCUGUAACGCCUCGCGCUCCGACUGACACGGCGACACACGGAGAGGACGGCGCGUGCCACUAUGCCCGUGCGGCAGAAAGAUGCUCAGCGAGCGCUGGAGCUGCUCCAGCAGUAUCGACUCAAACUGGACCAGAGGCAGAAGGAGCAGUGCCGGAGCACACAAGGCCCCGUGGAGGAGGACCAGCAGCUGCAGCAGUCUCUUGACAGAGUUAUUAAUGUGUUCCAGAGUCAGCUCUUUAAAGCUCUUCUAGAUAUCCAGGAGUACUAUGAGCUGACCAUCCUGGCUGACAGUAAACAUUCUGUCAAUCAGAUAGAAGUUCCUGGCAAAGUUGCUCCACCAUGCAACUUUCCAGCAGAUGUUUCAGUCCAGUCUCCACCUCUUUCUGCUCCCCUGAGUCCUCAAGCUCCUGGUACUGCAGCCCAACCAAAACCAAUCACUCCUAAACCUCGAUCACUCAAGUACCCUGCACCCCCUGUCCCAUCCGCAUCCCCGACAGUAAAGGCAUCUUCACCCACAUCACAGUCCGGUACACCUCAGUCAAAGUCAGUCAAGUACCGUGCUCCACCUCCCCCGAUCCAGCUAGGAGGUUCCAAGACACCACAGACCUCAAGUUCGUCCUCACCUUCAGUUGUUACAGCUUCCAGUGACACUGUGAACAGCACAGAACAAAACCCAAAGAAAACAUCUCCAGGGAUGUCCCCAAAUGGAACCAAGUCUCCUGUUGUUACUUCCACCAGUCCUGGGGUUUCUUCAGAAAGCAAUGCGAAAAUACAAAGCCUUCCUGCCACUCCCGAUCGCACUACUGUGUCCGCCCUCGUUUCAAGCACCAUCCAAGGCCUUGUGUCUCCAGCCACUCCAGACAAAACUAUUCCAACCAGUCCUCUAAAUGCUCAAAAAGGGCCCAGUGCAGUCAAGGGAGCCAUUGAGGUAUCUUCAGGUUUGUCACCCAACAAUGACGCAGAACUAAGCAAAACUUCCCUCAAGAGUCCAGCGAGCCCUACAGAGGAAAAAUUCACCUUUGGGGGCCGAAGCCCCACAAGUCCUACAACAAAGUUUGGCAAGGGAGCUCCUCUGAGUCCAACCAGCCCAGGUCAGGUGAAAGCUGCCUCUCCUACUCCAAGCUACGACCCAGCCCGCUCCCGCUCUAAAAGCCCACUGACCCCCAUCAAAGCCAACCCCCCUCCAGUGGUGGUCAACGCCGACAACAUCGACACCCCUCCAUAUGUAAAUGGAACAGAAGCAGACUAUGAGUAUGAAGAAAUUACUCUGGAGAGGGGUAACUCAGGAUUGGGAUUCAGCAUUGCUGGUGGGACUGAUAACCCCCACAUUGGAGAUGACCCUUCAAUCUUCAUCACCAAAAUUAUUCCAGGAGGAGCUGCAGCUCAAAAUGGAAGACUCAGGGUGAAUGACUGUAUCGUUCGCGUGAAUGACACAGAUGUCAGAGAUGUGACUCACAGUGGGGCUGUGGAAGCUCUGAAGGAUGCGGGAGGUCUGGUCCGACUGUGCGUCCGACGCAGGAGGAGCCUCGCCGAAAGAAUCAUGGACAUCAAACUGGUCAAAGGGCCCAAAGGUUUAGGAUUCAGUAUAGCAGGCGGCGUUGGAAACCAACAUGUUCCAGGGGACAACGGCAUCUAUGUGACCAAAAUUAUAGAGGGAGGGGCUGCACACAAAGAUGGACGGCUACAAAUAGGGGACAAACUUGUUUCUGUAAAUAGUGCGUGUUUGGAGGAGGUGACUCAUGAGGAUGCGGUCGCUGCUCUGAAGUCCACUCCAGAUGUUGUGUACCUCCGAGUUGCAAAGCCCUCAUCGGUUUUCAUCAAUGACCACUUCCCUCCUCCUGAUGUCACAAACUCGUAUUCCCCUCAUCAGGACAACCACAUAAGCCCAUACAUGAGCGGCAGCCAGUCUGUAAGCCCUGCUGCUCUGACCACUCCCCGAUACUCACCUCUGCCCAGGAGCUUGACCACAGAUGAGGAUUUUACGAGGGAACCCAGGCGGGUGGUUCUUCAGCGAGGUUCCACGGGUCUUGGGUUUAAUAUUGUCGGAGGAGAGGAUGGAGAAGGGAUCUUCAUCUCCUUCAUUCUUGCAGGAGGCCCAGCUGAUCUCUGCGGAGAGCUCAGAAAGGGAGACCGCAUCUUGUCGGUAAACGGAGUCGACUUGUCCACUGCAACACACGAGCAGGCAGCUGCAGCUCUGAAGAAUGCAGGCCAGACUGUUACCAUAGCAGCACAAUACAGACCCGAGGAGUACAGCCGUUUCGAGGCAAAGAUUCAUGACCUGAGGGAACAGAUGAUGACCAGCAGUGUCAGCUCCAGCUCCACGUCGCUCCGAUCCACACAAAAACGCACGCUUUACGUCAGGGCGUUGUUUGACUACGAAGGAAGUACAUCAGAUCUAAACACACCCAGUCAGGUCCUGCCGUUCCAUUUCGGAGACAUCCUCCAUGUGAGCAGUAUCGGCGAGGACGAGUGGUGGCCCGCUCGCCAUGUCAGUCCCCCACCCCCAAACUGCCCUGAUGUUGGGGUCAUCCCAAGCCGCAGGAGAGCAGAGAGGAAAGAGAGGUCGAGGUUAAAGACGAUCAGAGUGUCCAGGUCUCAGGACAGAUCGGAUCCAGAUGACAAAGAGCUGGUAACCUCUGGCACCAGCGAUAGUGAAAGUAGUUCCUCUGGUCAGGAGGAGAUCCUGCUCACAUACCAGCCUGUCAUGCAGCAAGAAGUCAACUACACUCGGCCUGUCAUUGUCCUCGGCCCGAUGAAGGAUCGAAUCAACGAUGACCUUAUCUCUGAGUUCCCCAGCAAGUUUGGCUCCUGUGUCCCUCACACAACGCGACCACGGCGAGAGUACGAGGUGGAUGGCAGAGAUUAUCACUUCAUGGCCUCCAGAGAGCUCAUGGAGCGAGAGAUUCAGGAACACAAGUUCAUAGAAGCGGGACAGUACAACAACCACCUGUAUGGAACCAGCAUUCAGUCUGUCAAAGAGGUCGCCGACAAGGGUAAACACUGCAUUCUGGACGUAUCAGGGAACGCGAUAAAACGUCUCCAGAUGGCAGGAAUCUAUCCCAUCGCUAUCCUCAUAAAACCCUGCAGUGUUGAAAAUAUCUUAGAGAUGAACAAGCGUUUGUCUGAGGAGCAGGCGAGGAAAGCCUUCGACAGAGCGCUCAAGCUGGAGCAGGAGUUCCCCGAGUAUUUCACCGCUGUGGUCCAGGGCGCGUCUUUAGAGGACAUCCACGCACAGGUGAAGCAGAUCAUCGAGGAGCAGUCUGGUCCUUACAUCUGGGUUCCCACCAAGGAGCGACUCUGAAUAAUCGCUCACACACACUCACACGCUCACUGUCAAUACUUCCCACUCGUCUGAUUUUCUAUUAUCAGCCUGCUUCCUCUCUAACAUGGUGACACACACAUAUUCACACAAGCACACGAAGUGGGCGAAGCUGGGACUAUCCGGGACUCACGUCUGUCCAGCAGCCUGUCGGUGGAUCUUCCUUCAGCUCAGUUCCUUAUUGUUCAAGGAAGUGGUUCAAUCAAGGCGACAUGUACCAUUAUCUGAUUUAUUUCAUUACUGUUCUUAUUGUUGUUGUUGUUGUUUUCAUAUUAACAAAGGGUAAUGCAUUCAUGUAUGGGUUUGUAAUGAUAAUAUUGUCACCAAGAGGCAGACUUUUGCACGCUGUAGCUUUAAGAGCAUGUUUUUGGGACAAAUCUUGAUCGUUUUCCUGUUCCGUCUGUCUGCUCGUCUUUCCUCAUUGUAUCACUUCUGUUUAGAGUUUUAUGUUUAUAUCUAUCUUUUUUUCCAUAUUUCAUCCCAGUUUUUUCCAUCAUCUACAGCCUUUAGACUCGAGGUGAUUUUUUAUUGGGAAACAAAAUGUAUAGAAACUUAAUGAAAUUAGAUUCCAUCUUCUUCCGCUCAUCCUGGACCGGGUCGCGGGAAAUUAGAUUUGAAUCAAUUAUUAAGUGGAGUCCAUUUUUUAAGGUUAAAAUCCAAACUCAUAAUGCUGGAGCAAAACACUGAGAGCCUUGGUCCUGUAUUUUUCACAUUUACAAAAGUUAAGCAGAAAAAAGUAAAUAAACAAUUUAAAGUAGAUAUUUCAGCCAUCACCUUUUUUUUUAAUUAAGUGAAUCAGGUGAAGUUUAGGGUACAGAUUCCAAUCAGCAUGAUGGCUGGAAUGUCCACAGACAGUCAUUACCUCAGAAAUGCCUUUCCUUGAUAGAUUUUAGUGACAAAAGUGUUGCAUACAUGACACCACUGGGUGUGUUUCUGUAAGAAAACCCUUUAAAGAUGCCACCAAAUUAUAGAUAAAAGCUUUGUUGACAAAAGCUGGGGUCCAUUUAACCAUGUGCAUCCUAUCUAGAAGAUUACAAUAGCUCAAUUUUAUGGAAAGGAGCCACAAAAAGACAUUUAUCUAAAAAGAAUCCAAGAUGUGGGUCUCUGUUUGUGCAGCAAUAUUUACUCCUCUUUUUUAAUAUUGAACUUAAACAUUAAAAACACUUAGUUUUAGUAGAUUUUAAUUUAUUUGUUAAUAAAAAUAUAGAUACCUCUUUAUUAUUAGUCAUUCUUUAUGAAAUGAUCACAAAGUAAAACAACAAUAUGACCACUUGAGUAAACUGAAUCGGAAGUCUGCUUUGUUUACACUUUUGACGACAUCCUUUCUUAACCUUAACAACAUUUGACAUCAUUUCUCAUUGAUUCUAUGAUCUUCAGGUGUAUUUUUUGCUCCUUUGAAUGUGACUAAAAGUGUUACAUCAACUGACAGUGCAUUGAAACCGACAAAAAGCCAAAUGUUUUGUCUUGCCAUCAACACAGAAUAGGUUACAGCCUUAUUCUGUUUUUGUUUUUUUGUUUUGUUUUUUUUUUUGUUUAAUUUAGCUAAAUCAGAUUCAGUUUUAGGAUUGAAUAUUAUUUACUUGGAAAUGAGCAAAGUAAAAAAAAACACUUUAGUUCACCCAAGUUUUAUUAUUAUUAUUAUAAAUAGUAGAAAUACUACCUUUAAACUUGUCAAAAAUGAAUCUGAAGUUAAGAAAAUCCUGGAUUAGGAGUGAAGACCCACCAAAACUGGGUUAAAUCAAUACUAUGUGGGAAAAUGUAAGAAUAAUAUUUUCAUUCAAACUCCUGUGAAAAAUGCAGGUCCAGAUGCUCUCUGUAUGAAAUAUUUGGUUCUCUUGGUUUUUAAUUCCUUCAUUUGUCCUCCAUUCGUCCACAGUGGGACAUCCGUUAGACAGUGUAUCGUCUCCUUCAUCACCCUAUGAUGUUCAUCCUCCUCUUUCCUUCAUAUCGUAGUUGCACUAAUGAGGGCUGGUUUCCUAAAAGCAUCUCCAACCACAUAGCUGAUACUCCGUUUUGACCCGAUCUUCACAGCUUUGAGUUGUUUCACACACUGUACGUCUUACGUGUGGGUUCUCCUCUGGUGAAAGCUUCUGUCAUGAAUGGUUGAUCCGCUGCAUGACUCCUUCAGUUCAAGUUGUUUUUUUGUUUUUGUUUUUUAUUUUUCUCUCUCUCAUGCUGCAUUUAGAACUCUGAGCCUUCUUUAUAUACUUCAGAAGCUGUUUCCAGGUGGGACGUCUGCACUCCGCACAUUACUGCAUGGUACUGAGGGGAUUUUUUUUUUUUUUUACCCAAUUUCCAGCUGAAGUUUGUAUCUCGUCAAACAUGUCUUCAUGAAAGUAAACUGGCAUCUGCUAAACCUUCUGCCUGUUAAUUAACAGCUAAAAAAAUGAAUCAAUCGGACUAACCUGACAUGCGUGUUUUCAAGUGUAACAUGUUAGAUGCUUUGGGUGACAGCCCCCUGUACGGACUUGUAAGCCAUCCACUCCCCACGUCCACCCUGGAGCCCGAGGCCACUCCUCCAAGCUGACUGGAGACCAGAGACACACAGAAAGGCUGUUCUGUCAGCAGAGUAGCUCUCACAUCCCAACAAUGAGUUCUCCAUGUGACCAUGUGUUUUGAAAGUUUCAUGUCCUCCCAGAAUGUUGAGCUUAACUGAAUCUUUUCUGGCCUGUAACCCUUGAGAUGAGUUGUGUUUGUCUGUUGAGAGAACUGAGCUCUGUGUGACUCUGGCUUUGUGUUUUAGCCGAGGGACCAUGUCACUGUCUGUUAGAGUAAAGCACCGAUGCAAAGAAUCUAUUACAGAGAUGGAUCUAUAUCUAACAUAUUAUAUUUAUCCCUGCUCUAACUGCCUAUUUUGGUACAAAAAAUAAAAGUCUUGAGAUUUACUGAA